CAUUGUUUUCUUUCUCGUUGGUGAUCUUUUACAGAGCAAAUUUCAGAUACCAUUUUAAGGUUUUCACCAACCUACCCACCAACCAGCCAUUCUCAAGUUUCUUAAUGCUCCCUCUGAUUCCUGUUCUUUAUUGUUGAAUUUCUUAUUACACUUUGCUAAUCUCAUCGUUUGUUUUAUUUCGGCCAAGACCGAAAAAUAAUGCAAAAAAAUUGAACCUUUCAAUUCUCUUUCUGUCUCUCUCUGUUUCUCUCUCUUUGGAUUCUGUAACAAACCAAGGCAGUGAGAAGACACGCAACCCGAAUCAGAAACAACAGGAGAGAAGAAAAAAAAAACUUGCUUGCACGUUCUGUUCCCAGUGGUCCCAUCUCCUUUCUUCUUCAUCUUCUUAUUCACUUUCUUUUUAUUCCCUUUUUCUCUUUCUCUUUUCUUGUUCAGAGCCACCCUUUGUUUCUCAGAAAACAACAAGGAUUGUUGUCUGAAUCUUGUUCUGCUCAUUAGCUCAUCUCAUCUCCAAGAUGGCCAAUGAAAGUGGAGAAUUACCAGCGACCCCAGAAGUGACUAACUCACCCGUGGUUGAAAAAAGAAGGCAUUUACCUGACAAAGCUAGUUCUGGAAGCAGUGUUGAAAAAGUUGUUCCUAAUUAUCUCAGAGCUUCAACCGGUUCUUGUCAUGAUUUUUGCAAAUAUGGGAAGAAACAUGAACAAGAAAUGAAGGAAAGACGCUCUAUACCUUAUAGAGCUAGGAGAAAACAGCUUCAUCAAAGUUUAGAAGGUGGUGUUGGUGGGAUAACAGCGAUAUCAGUUGCUAGGCUCAGUGCAUCCGUAGAUUCCAAGCUGACAAAGGUGUCAACAAGAAAACUGAAAGAAUCAGUUGAUUCCAAGAUGAUUUCUGAUACAUCAGCCACUUCUAAGCAGAAGCUGAUAACAAAGUCAUUUGACAGCCCAAAGGAAUCAGGAAACGAAGUUAUUGUGAACCAGAGAAAAUUGUGGUUGGCCAAGGUUAAACCAUCAGUCGUGAGGUCCCUUACAUCUCCUUCAACAAAACAAGAAAUUUCUUCAAUGAAGGAGGUCCAAUCUCCAUCAAAGUCUGCUUCCAAAAAGGUUGGAACUCCAUCAAAAUCAACAUCUAGGAAAGUGGAUUCUCCAUCAAAACCAACUUCUAGGAAAGUGGAAGCUCCAUCAAAAUCAACUUCGAGGAAGGUGGAAGUUCCAUCAGAAUCAAUGGCCAAUAAGAUGGACUCUCCAUUAAAACCUACUUUCAAUGAGAUAGGGAAUCCAUCAAAACCAAUCUCCAAGGUCAAAACUUCAUCAAAACCAUCUUCCUAUGUGGUGAAAACUUCACAGUUAUCUUCUCUCAAAGGUAAAGAAUCAAAGUCAUUUGAAAAACGUGUGCCUUCUUUAAAUUUAAGCAGUGCUAGAAAGAAGCGAAUAUCUUCUAUGAAUACCUCAGAUGGCAAUGAUGGCCAAAUAUAUAAUAAGAUCAAGUUGGAAAAGGGGGCCAAGUCCUCCAAAGAAGGUUCAAAAAAACUGAUUGCACCUCAGAAGGCUUUGUUAUCCCCCAGAGCUUCCCUCAGAAGAGUUGCAAGUGUAAAUUCAAGAAAGCUGAAGAGCCUGAAAAUUGCAUCUAACCUUAAGCAUCAGCAGACUGCCAAAAGGGUUGAGCACAAGGAAGACGACAACAACGAGGUAGAGGAAAAGACUUUGUAUGUCAUCAAGAUGGAAAGUGAAAACAAACCUUUGCAAUCUGAUCAGAAUGAAAACUAUGAUGAUGAAUCAUACGUCCCUCAGUUGUUAUCACCUAAGUCAUCAAUAUCCUCAAUUUCCAAAUCCUUUUCCGAAGGAGACCAAGAGGAAUCUGAAUAUACAACUAGUGAAUAUGAGCAGGAUGAGCAGGAUUCUUUCUCAGGAAACCAUGAAGUUGAAUGCAUAGAAAAGGAGAAGACAUUGGAAGACGAGAGGAAAAGCAAGAGCACAAAGAAUGGGGUGGCAUAUUCCAAAAACAAGGACAACAAAAUGGUAAAAUUGAAGUUCAGAAGGGGAAAAGUGGUUGAAAAUCAAACUGAGAUAAGUAGUCCAAGGAGGAUUAAGUUUCGGAGAGCAAAAGGGUUGGGUGGGAGGGUCAAUGUUAAGGUUGACACCCGGAAAAGCUUUGAAAGACACGAAACCUGUGCUGACAGCAAUGAUGUUGCAACUGCUCCAGAGAAGGUUAUUUUAAGACAUCAAGAUAUGCAGGACAAGAAAGAUGCACAGGGACUAUUCAAUAAUGUAAUUGAGGAAACAGCAAGUAAACUAGCCGAAACUCGUAAGAGCAAGGUUAAAGCAUUGGUUGGUGCCUUUGAAACUGUGAUCUCUCUUCAAGAGAAAAAACCUUCUGCAAACACACUCAGCUGACAAAAUCUGGAGUAGACAUUUUCUAGCUUUUUCACUUGUUUUGUAAAGAAAUGAUAGGAAAAUAAACCUUAGCUUUGGGAGUAGUUAUUGUGAGGCCUACAAGCUGAAGGUACUGCAGAAAGUAGAGAUAGAUUUGCCUUGAAUUGUCUUUAGAAACUCUGCAUGUAGAGUUUGAAGGGGGUUUUUUGUGUUGUCAAACUUACCUUAACUUGCAUCAUAUACUUUUUGUUUCAUUCUGCUUUGGAAAUCCAUACCUGUUGUGAAUGAUUUGUAUCUUCUAAUUUUGAAUAAAAUAUCAGACAGUGAUGCCAGUGUCUUUGUAUUUUUA